UGGGUGUAUUAAAAAGAAGGAACUUUUAGUUUUCUAGAACAGAUACGAGAACGAGAUACCCACAUCAUAAAAAAUCGAAUCAGAUAGAGCGGCGAAGCCUUAUUGCUUCUGACGCGAUCUGAAAAUCAGUAAAUCGAUGUGAUGUCAAGGGAAGAAGAAGAUAAAUGCGAGAGACUCCAGCGAGCGUUAUUGGACUGCCACCGUCGUGUUCCCUCCGGCCCCGGUCAAAACUUCGCCUGUCGUCAUCUUAACAACGCCUUCGCUGUCUGUGUUGUUUCUCUCGCAUGCCCUGAAGAAUCCGAGGCGGUGCGAAACCUCUGCUCCAGCGCCGGAACUGCUCUUAAACGCCGUCAAUGUCAGCAGGCUCAGAUUUCUCUCUCGCUCUGCCUUGAUUCUCAUUCGAAUCCCUAACCCUAAUUGAAGUCCCAAAACUAUUGUGAAUUACUAAAAGCCCCGGUUUGUUCAGUAGAGAAUUUUAUUUAUAUUUAUAGUCUCAGGCUCAGAUUUGUAAUUUGUUUGUAAUUGUACCGGCUUAAUGAAUACAGAAUGAUAAAAUAAUAGAAUUACUAUUAUUUAGCUGUAA